CUUUAUAAUAAAUACCCAUAUCACAAAUUUUAAUUUUCAUCUUUCAGUAUUUGAGAUUUUUUUCUAAUUUUUACUGAAAACCCAUCAUGGGUUCUUCGUUUUCUGUGUUGAUUCCUCAGUUUUCGUCUACUGUUACUAAGCAAAAUCAUUCAAGUCUUGGUGAUUUGCCGGAAAGUUGUGUAGCUUCAGUUCUUGUAUACAUGGACCCGCCUCAGAUCUGUAAAUUGUCUAUGCUUAAUAGGGCUUUUAGAGGCGCUUCUUCUGCUGAUUUUGUGUGGGAAUCCAAGUUGCCGAUGAAUUACAGCUCUAUUAUUCAAAGGGUCUUUGCUGGUCGAAAUUUUCCGGCUAAUUUGUGUAAAAGAGAUAUUUAUGCUAUGCUUUGUCGACCUAAUUCUUUUGAUGGUGGCUCAAAGAAAGUUUGGUUAGAUAAGAGAACUGGAAGAGUUUGUAUGUCUAUAUCUUCAAGUGGCUUGGCAAUAACGGGCAUCGAUGAUAGGAGAUAUUGGAGUCGGAUUGAAACUGAUGAAUCUAGAUUCAAGUCCGUUGCAUAUCUCCAACAGAUCUGGUGGUUUGAAGUUGAUGGAGAGGUCGAUUUCCCAUUCCCCGUUGGGUCCUAUAGCAUAUUCUUCAGACUACAAGUAGGACGUGCCUCUCGGAGAUUUGGACGCCGAGUCUGCAACUCCGAGCAUGUUCACGGGUGGGAUAAGAAACCAGUGCGGUUUCAGCUCUCGACAUCAGACGGUCAACAAGCUACAACCCAAUGUUACUUGAACGAACCUGGAAUAUGGAAGUACCACCAUGUAGGUGACUUUGUUGCCACGGGUUCAGUAGAACCCAUGAAAGUUAAAUAUUCGUUGACACAGAUCGAUUGUACACAUACUAAAGGUGGACUAUGUGUAGAUUCUGUACUGAUAUGUCCAGUAGAGUUUACAGAGAGGUUGAAGCAGAGUUUUUGAUUUGCUGAUUACCUGUUUCUGAGGGCUCGUUUGGUAGGAGGGGUCAGGGAUAACUAAUCCCGAGAUUAAUUUUAGGAUGAGUUUAUUCCAUAUUUGGUUAGGAUAAAAUUGCGGGAUAAUAAUCGUGGAAUAACUUGUUCCUAACCAAACGAGCCCCAAGAGUAGUUGUAGUUCUAGUGCUAUCCAUAGUUUUUCCGAGUGGUUAGUAUUAAGAGAUAAUCAUAUAUUAGACUGAGGCAAUUUGUGUAAAUGUAUACUAUGGGGCUGUUUAUCCAUUCAUUGUGCUGAGUUAUUAGCAUCUAUUACAUUAAAAAUACAUUUCUUUUUGCACUUUCAA